GCUUCCGGUCUACCAGUUUGUGCAGCAGAUGCGAGAGCACGAAGACGAGCGGACUGUUCUUCCUACGGAACGUAAACCUCUACGCGAAUUCGCCUCGCGUGCGAAUACUAUCCAUCCGGUGGCUGACAAAAACAUCCGGACAAUUCAGCCUGGUGCGACUUCUGUAAAUGAUGACAUCGUCAAUCUCAAUCAUGAUCUCCAAGUACUUUCUUCGGAGAAAUCGUACCUUCCUCAUCAGAUCGGUACACCAGCAGGUUCCUUCGCAGUGGCAAACGAAGUGUCAAGCAAGCGACGAGUACCAUGGGGAAUGGUAAACACCGUUAGAUCAUUUUCAUCGAUUCCACCACCGGCUGAGCAUUCGCCAGAAAAGCGCAUAUCUACACCCGGAUUUUUCAUACAGGACAAAGCAGAUGAUAGUUCUACCACAGUUCCGAACUUUAAGCAAACAAAAAGCAAUGCUCCGAACCCUAACUCCAACAUUCUCGUGGCAAACAGCUCGUGUCGUACAUGCGGAGUUCUGUAUUCCAAAUGUGAAGUACAACAACGGUGA